AUUGAAGAAGAUUGACACGUGUUGGGAGGAGUGUGUAUAGGUGUCAGCAGCGGGAUGAGGUCAGGUAUCAAUUUUCCUUUUCCAUUAUAUCAAAGUUCAUAUACACAAUAUGUAUACGUUUUCCAUUUCAACAAUUUCACCAGAACAAGAAACUGGUAAAACAUGGAAGGCAAUGAAGUGGUGAAGAUGAUAGUUCCAUCAUCACAGCUCACCAAUGUUGAUGUGUCCGGCGACGGCGACGGCGAGAGACAAUACUCUUUUCCUGAAGAGAUAGAAACCUUCUACCUCAAACUCACCCACUUGUUAAACUCCUCUGGACUCACUCUCAUUAUCAAUGUCCGAGAAACUUCCUUAAACUUGUUCGAGUUUUACUUGGAGGUCGUUAAAAGAGGAGGUUAUAAACGGGUUUGUAAACAAAAGGAAUGGGGUGAAGUUGUUUCAGCUCUUAAACUGGAAGGAAACAAUGCAAAGUUACCAUCUCAAAUUAAAAAACUCUAUGCAAAUCUUCUAUACGAAUUUGAGAAAAUCUACUUCUACAGGUUUCGAGCAACUCAAACUGCAACUCACACCACCAAAGCAUUACCCGAAAGGCUUCUACAAGCACCCUCGAAUGACAAAGAAAAGAAGAAGCCACGAGGUGUUCCGAGGGGGGCAAAUGGAUAUCAAAUAUUCCUCAAACACGAAUGUGCCCGACUAAAAGCUUGUCGUCAGGACAUCAAUGGCAAAGCGAUCCUGCCCAUGGCUGUCGAAGGAUGGAAGAAUUUGUCAGAGAUUGAUAAACAGCCAUAUGUGGAGGAAAGCAAGAAGAUAAAGGAAGCAAUGAUCAUUGACAAUAAUAAACAUAAAGGGAAAGAAAAGAUACCUAGUAUUUGUGGUGACUACUACUACUGUGUAACUUCACAACCUCAAGGAAAUUACUCUUUUGCUAACAGUGCAGCAUUGGACUUGGCUUUUAAAAUUACGGAAAAAACAUCAAUGGAUCCCUUCUUCCUAUGUGAUUUGGAUGCAUAUCGUUCGGGAGAUUUGCUAAGUUUGAUAGAAAAUGGUGAAAUCUAAGUAACUAUACUAGUUAUUGGGCAAGUAUUUUUUGGUUUUUGAGGCAAUGUCAUUGCCUAUGCUUCUAAUGCUAAGCUGUUGUGUAUUUAUGGUUUUGAAAUAGCAGCAACCAAUGUUUGCACUAGUGAAGUAGGUAUGUAUAUAAACCAAGUGGAAUUGAUAUGAGGCAAAGUAAAUAUUAAUUCAAUCAAAUAUAAUUUUGAUUUAUCUUAUAAA